GGCUGAGCAGAUGGAGUUUAGCCAUUAUCAGGUACAGUACGCACAUCUGACGCUCCGCACUCGCUGCCGCUGCUGUCACUGAAAAGAGGCGUUGCGCACGCAUCAGCGGACUCAACUUUGUGGAUCUCACUCUGACUUUGUGUUUUCCCUUCCACAGCAUUUCCUAUUGGAGGCUGGCGCUUCUUUUCCAGACUUUGGAGUUUAUUUGUAUGGGACGCUGAGACUGGCAUCGGUCGAGCUGUGAUUUUUAUUUCCAGUGCGUUUGCCUGUUUUGAGUUGAAACAUGAGCGCGAGUGGAGACGCGAUGGCGAUGUUCGGGAUGCAUUUAGCGGAGGAUCAGAUUAAAGUUCUGGAGGAGAAUUUCACGAAGGUCAGCAAACAUCCCGACGACGCCACACUGAUGCUGAUCGCAGCGGAGUGCGGGCUGAGCGAAGAAGAGACAGCGAAAUGGUUCAGGAUGCGAAACGCUCUGUGGAGGAAAGCAGAAGGUCUCCCUGCUGAACUGGGAUCAGUGAAGGACUGAUAGAAGAUCUUCAUGCUCUUCUUGUUUUCUUGCUGUUGUUCUCUUUCCGCUCCAGUGAUCGUUCAGUAGACCACCACACUGUCUCUUUUAUUUGAGGAUGUUUUCUGAAGUCUGAAGACUGAUAUGAGUCUUAUUUUAUUUUUUUAUUAAUUUUAUCUAAGUUGCUCAAAGCAAACUGUAUGUAUGCCAUAUAUAUAUUUUAUUGCCCUAAUAACUAUAAAAUGUUCGUAAAUAAACUAAAUGUAAGCAGCUGUAUAUAAAGAAUUGCAUCUGUACGUUCAGGGUUUGAUUUCAUGUGUCAAAUAGAGCUAGUUUGCUUUCUCAUUAAGAGAAUCAUCAUGGAGCUGAGAAACGUUAAAGUUACACUUUAUCUGUAUCUUUAUUUAUAAACCUAAAAAUAACAAAAAGGUCUCUUUAUCAUCUCAAUUGUUUGUGCUAGACACUAAUAUGAGAUUAAAUGGAGAACAUACUGA